UCUCGUGUCCAGUCCUCGGUGUGUAACACCAUCGAGAAAGUAGCGGAGGCGAACCCGGGAAAGUUGAGCAACAUAAUCGAUGAGAUGAAGCAGAUUCUCACUCCCAUGGCCACAAAAGAACAGGUGAUCAAACACUCGCUGGUUCACAAGGUUUUCCUGGAUUUCUUCCUGUUCACAGCCGACAAACAGAGAGCGGAAAUGAUCGAGUCCAUCAGAGAGUCGGUCGUCUACAUGGCUCACACACACGACGGAGCUCGAGUGGCGAUGCAGUGUUUGUGGCACGGGACGGCCAAGGACAGAAAAGUCAUCAUCAAAACUAUGAAGACGUUCAUGGUGAAGUUUGCUACGGGGGAGUUCGGUCACCUGGUUCUUCUGGCCCUGUUCGACUGUGUGGACGACACCAAGCUGGUCAAACAAGCCGUGCUCUCAGAGAUCCUUUCGUCUCUGGACGAGGUCAUCGGUAAUAAAUACGGUAAGAAGGUUCUGUUGUAUCUUCUGAGCCCCAGAGACCCGGCUCACCUGCUGCCAGAGAUCAUCAAGGUGCUGGAGAAAGGAGACGGAAACGCUCACAGUAAAAAAGAAUCAGCCAUUCGGAGGAAGGAGCUGCUGGAGGUCGUCUCCCCGCUCCUGCUGGACCAUCUCCGUGACAACGCUGCCACCAUGGUGAUGGACAAGGCCACCAGCGUCACCGUUAGCGACAUCUUGGCAUCGGCCUGCGGGGACCUGAGGCCCGCCAUGACGGCCGUGGCUCAGCUGGCCAAUCAAGAGUUGGUGCCGGGAGGGAUAGGCGGCCUGCUCCACAUGGCCGAACAUCCAGCAGGACACCUGGUGCUGAAGUGGCUCAUAGAGCAGGACAUGACGCUGCUGGAGGCAGAAAAGGAAGGUAAACAAACCAGUGGCUGUUUGUUUGCUCACUGGAAAUAUAAGAUGGGAACAUUUAAACUUACA